AUGCAGUCUCUCCUCGAAAUAGUAGAAUUCGAACUAUAUUCUAAUGAGUUAUUAUUUAACCGUGAAACAUUCAUCACUUAUCUGGAACUAUUUAACUCAAGCCUUAUGAUUGAAUAUUUAAAAGAUCAAUUAGACAACGAACAGCUAGUGGAAUUAUGUGGUAAAGUGAUAUGGAUCAUCAUAUUGAUAACUACAGAAGCAUCGAGACUCUCAUCACUCGAGAAGAAUGACCUUAAAAACUCAACAGUUCUAUUCGAAAGUAUAAUGAACCACAUCACUACUCAUAUCGGAAAGGAAAAUGCCAGUUUUCAAACACAAUCACUUAAUGUAACAUCUCUUGAAUUAAUUACCAAAGUAAAAGAAUACGAAACAAACAAACUUCUAGGCCUGCUUUGGAAUCUCGUUGAUAAAACCGUUCUGAUACCGUUUUUUGUUGAUAUUGGAUAUCCGAAAGCCUUUUUACAAUGGAUGGCAAUGUCUACGUCAAAAAGGAAGUAUACUCGUUCACUCAUGCCAAGCGUGUACAAUAUCGCUCGGCAUUAUCAAGGUGCUCAGGCACUUAGAGAUCAGAAAGCGGGCGAUCACUUAGCUAUGUAUAAAAAGCAAGUAAUCGAAAAAUAUGGAAACAAAAUUGACGCAACAGUAACAGCGAAAAUAAAUUUGUAUCAAUCAAUGACUACUGCUUUAAUGUUGGAACCGGAAGAAAUAAAAAAGGAUGAAAAGACCACGAAUAAUAUUCUUGAUACAAUACUCGAUUUAACAAUAGAAGCAUCCCAAUCAGCAACGCUAAGAACAAACACUCUCUUACAUAUAUCGGAAUUGCUUGUCGUCUUAACUAAGAUAUUCGUGAAUGACGAUGUGGUUGAUUACAUUCUGAAAUACGCUCAAGUAAAAAAUCACAUUCUAUCACAGUCGAGAGUACAAUUUUUCUGUGAUCUGUUAAUUCGUACUAAAAUCGAUAAUCAAAACAACAGCUUAUUACAACUUACAUGUAUUACAUUAUUUAACAUUCUGUGGAGCAUUUCUUUCAAUGAUAAAUAUCAAACAGAAAUGAAGCAGAAUGAGCUAUUUGUAAGUGCGAUAAAAACGACUGCUGAGAAUGAAAAUAAUGACGAGUUAUUUGCGCAAAACAGCUUUCAGAAACAUUUGUCAAGCAUAAAAAAAGCAGCUGACGGAAUACUAUUUAAUUUAAACCUCGAAACCGUCUCAAAAUUACCGACAACACAUUCUACAAAUGCUAAUCCCUCUAUUUUUAUUAGUUACUCACAUGGCGAUAAAGUAUUUUGUAAAAACUUAAUCGAUGUUUUACAACCGUCGUCAAAACAAACGCAUUUCUGGGUCGAUUUUCUUAAUAUUAACAGUGCAGUAGUACACUCUGAUGAUCUGUGGGAACAGAUUGCUGAGGCUAUCGAAAAAGCAGAUGCCAUUAUUUUGAUUAUAUCGAAAAACUACUACGACAGUAAAUCGUGUCGGCAAGAACUCUCAUAUGCCAAAGACAUGCAGAAAAAGCGAAUAAUACCGAUAUAUAUGCAAAAAGAGUACAAGCCAACGGGAUGGUUAGGCAUUCGAAUAGCCGGCUUAGCCUACAUCGAUUUUAGUAAAAAAGCGUUUGACAUCGCAGUUAAAGAACUGAGUGAAAUACUAAACAAAUCAACGGAGAUCAUCCCAAAACUACAGCAAGCCUUAACAUUAGUAGAUAGUGAUCCGAAGCAUACAACGUCAAUUGAUUCGAAUAGUUCGAUAGCAUUAGAAAAGCCUACAACUACCUGGACAUUGGACGAUAUCAAUUUAUGGUUCGAGAAGAAUCGUAUCAGUACUGAACUAAGAAUGUUAUUUGACUUUCAAGAUGGAGCCGAACUACUCACCUAUGCCAGUGAUUUGAAAUCCAAUUUAGAACGCGAAGAAAAAAAUACUCGUUUACACUUUGAAAAGAAGCACAACGAGCCGUUAAGUACCCUUCAAUUUAACCGAUUCAAACGAGCCCUGUACCAUCUAAUAGAUGUACAAAAUCUUGCCCAAAAAAAUGACUUGUCUAAUCCACCAAUCUCACUAAUUUGUUCUAUGAUGUGA